AUGGCGACGGGCGGCGGGGCCGCGGCCGGGGCCGCUGCGAGCGGGAGCGGCGGGCGGCGGGGAGCGCGGCUGAUUUGGACUGAAAACAAGAAGCUGAACAAAGUGACUGAUGCAGUGGAAAAAAGGGGACCGUACAUCAUGAGCAAAACCCCCUCUCUUCACGCCAAGCUCCAGAGGCAGCGUGAGCUGGCGAAGGCAGCGCUGCGACGGCAGGGGCUGCUGGGGGGACCUGUGCCACACCAACCCAACCCAACACCUAAAAGGUCAGUGAAGUUUAACAAGGGCUACACAGCACUCAGCCAGACAGUGGAUGAAAACCUGGUCUCCCUUGAUUCAGACAGUGACGAGGAACUGGGAUCCAGAUGUUCCUCUGGCUACUCCUCUGCUGAGCAGGUGAACCAGGACCUGAGCCAGCAGUUGCUGCAAGAUGGCUACCACCUUGACGAGGUCCCUGAUGAUGAAGAUCUGGAUCUCAUUCCCCCGAAACCCGUUGCCUCUUCUUGCCCCUGUUGUUUUGGAGUAAAUCUCUCCUGUGUGAUCCAGUAGCUGCUGCUCACCCAGAGCCGUGCAAGAGGUCAAAAGCCAGCACUUUCCUUGUGCUGUGGGAUGGCCGUUGGUGUCCAUGCCCCGUGCCGGGACAGUGACACAGGGACAGUGAUGCUGCAGUGCCACUCGUGGUGAGCAGCAGCAACCAACCCACCCCAAAGGACUUUUCUUUAUAGUCAGCAAUACCAGGGAAAGCUGCCACGGUGCCGUUUAGGUGGCCUGGCUGGGGCCUGUCACCUGGUGGGAUGGAGGAGAGGCAGAGCCUGGGCACUUCUAUGGGGGUGUAAAGGGAAGAAAUGGGGAGGUGCAGCAGCAAACGCUCUUCAGUUUGCCUGACUUCCUCUUUUCCUCGUUUAAUUGGCCAUGUCGAGGAUUAGGACCUGGCCCUGGAUACGGGUUGUUCUUCCCAGCCCUUCCUAAUGAAGAGGUGGGUGAUACUGGGAUUCAACUGUCGUGAUGUGGAACUGGGCUAGGAAGCCCUGAGACCCCUUUUCUGUUUAGUUUUGCUUUAGUUACCCAUCCUCCCUGUCAGGCUGAGGCCAAGCCAGUGAGGCUGGGGCCAGCCCUGGCUGGCAGAGAGAUGCUUCAUUUACCUGUCUCAAGCUGCUUGCAAUUAACUGCUGCUGAGUGCCCUCUUCCCAAAGCCUGGGCUGAUCUGAACCAAAGACUGCAGCUCUGAGGGAGAAGGUAAGAUGGGGGAACCCAAGGGAGCAAACCAGAACAGGCUGCUCAGCUUGAAGCAUCUGCAUUUCUGUUAUCCACCAGCAGCUACUGCUCAGGUUUUGACCUCCCUGUGUUCUGCCUCUCAAAGAAGUCAUUAAGUUCUGGAUUUGGAGCAAAUGGCUUGUUCCAUUUCUCCCCAAAGCUGCUUUGAUGCAGGCAAGGGGCAGCCCAGACCCCCUAUGCCUGCUCUGCCCAGCUUUUGGGUGCGGAUUUGGGGUGGUUGAGGCGUCUAACCUGCUGUGAACCUUAAAAGCUGCCUUAAAUCAUGGUCCAGUUCUACUACAUAGAAGACAAACAGCUGCUUAUAAGGAAACCUUCUUUAAAUAUUUCAUGUCUAGAGACCUAAACUGCAUUUUGUUGGUUGGUUGCUUUUUAAAAUCAACUUGUUAAAGGGAGCACUCAAUAAACUGGAUUUCAUUA